AAAGCCAAAAAUAAUCUGCCUCCGGCCGAACGUGAGGCUCUGAGAGCCCUAAAACGUGACACUGAAAUAAACCUUAAAAAGGCCGAUAAAGGAACAACAACCGUAGUCAUGAACACACAAGACAAAAUUAAAGAAGGCCAAAUUCUACUAGACAACAAAGACAACUACAGGCCUCUUGCAUCACCCAUGGUCACUGAGACAAACCAUAAAGUUAAACAACUUAUUACAGACCUCCACAACGGGGAUCACAUAGACGACAUGACUAAAAAAUGGCUUUGUCAAACACCAAAUCCGCCUCGAAUUCCAGAAUUUUACACCCUCACUAAGAUACACAAGCCGUCCCCGGUCGGCAGACCGAUAGUAUCAGGGUGUGAUGGCCCAACAGAGAAAUUAUCAUCAUUUGUCGACAAACUCCUUCAGCCGAUAGCACAACAACAAAAGUCUUAUCUUAAAGAUACUACCGACUUCGUCAAUUUCAUAGAAAAUACGAAAGUCCCAGUGGACGUCAUGCUUGUUUCAAUGGACGUCACGAGCUUGUAUACAAAAUAUACCGCAAGAGGAGGGAAUAGACACGGUAUGCAGAGCAUACGAAAUAUUCUAUAGAAACGAACCUCCUAUCCCUACACAACUACUAAAACGAGCGCUCAGGCUAAUUCUCCAAGAAAAUUCUUUCCAGUUUAAUGGAAAAACUACCUUCAAACACAUGGUACGGCCAUGGGCACGAAAAUGGCGGUCGCCUUUUCUAAUAUAUUCAUGAACAAGGUAGAGACGGAAAUCCUUAGCCGAAGCCUUUUCAAACCGCUCGUUUGGAAACGUUACAUAGACGACAUCUUCUCGCUCUGGACUACAAACAGAGCCAGAAUAGAACAUUUCAUUGAACAAGCAAACAAUCAUCACCCUACGAUCAAAUUUACGGCUGAAAUUUCCGAUAAGGAAACAACAUUCCUGGACACCUACAUCUACAAAGGGAAAGAUUCGAAAGAGACGCAAUCCUUGAUGUGCGUACUCAUUUCAAACCAACUGAGACAUUUCAGUAUACCUAUUUUGCUUCCUGUCACCCGCAAGGAGUUAAAAAGGCUUCAUUAAAGGGGAAGCCCUCCGACUCCUCAGAACAAACUCUUCCGAACUAAUAUUCGAAGAGAAAAUUACAAAUUUCAAAGCGCAUCUGCUACAGAGGGGUUACCCAGAGGAUCUUAUUAACACAACCCUCUCAGAGGUGAACUUCAAAGACAGGAAACUAGCCCUUCAACAGAAACCAAAGACAAACCAACGAAUCUUGCCUUUUGUCACACAAUACCAACCAUCAGUGCCAAACCUAAAGCAAAUUCUCAUGAAAAACUGGCAUUUAAUAGAACAACAACCAUUACUGAGCGAAAUCUACAAAAAACCGCCCCUCGUAUCUUAUAAAAGAGGGCGGUCGCUCAAAGACAUACUCGUGAGAGCCAAACUAUAGAAAGGCUAUUUUAAACACGCGCUGGGGAGUCGUGUAGGCCUGUCAACCCCAUUUUACACUGAGCCAAACUAUAGAAAGGCUAUUUUAAACACGCGCUGGGGAGUCGUGUAGGCCUGUCAACCCCAUUUUACACUGAUUGUUAUUACUAGACAGGCCCCGUCCUCAGCAGUGAUACAUCACGUACACCGAGUUAAUCACAUUGAGCAAUACACUGUACAAUGCAGAAAUAUCAAUUUUUGCUAACAAAUACACGACCUAUGCCCCAAAAACCGGGCAAUCAAAGAGGAACAACACUACACUAAUGCAGGAAACUCUCUUCUUGCAAAACUAUCACAGUAUCUGCUCAAAAUUUUGCAUUUUAGCCUACACAAGAAACACAACUCAUGCUGGGCUCGCAAGGAUCUUCGAUGUAAACACACAAUUGGCCCAAACAUAAAGAGCCAAUAGAAACACAGGAUUUUCGAUCCUUCGAACGAGUAUAAAAUGGUCAAGAAACACCCUUUUUGUGACUGAUACCGAGAACACAUCUCUAUCAGUCUUUUUAUUCAAUCGGCAACUGACGAGAUCCACAAGAUUAGGAUCGAAACCGCGGUCUUGCCUGACCAUUCACAGAAAAUGUCAGAAAACAUUAUAACGUCAGAUGGGCUACUAAGUGCCCUGGCACAAGCAAUGCCUUUGAGAAUGAGGAUAAGAUGGAAGUCUCAUACGACAUCGCUAACGAGGAUGAUCUGCUGCUCGGCAAGUCCGAUGACGAAGAACAAAUCCCUCCGUAUCAAGUGCCUAGAAAACCUAAACAGCCUAAACAGCAACGCCAAAGCCGCGACAGGCGCCCUCAAAGGAGUACCAGCGAACCAAGGACAGAGCAGUACCGAAAACGUCGCCGUCAGUACAGCCCAUCCACAGAGAACCGAAAACGGAGCCGUAGCCUAUCCGCGGAGGACAAGAUUACCAAGCUGAAGGUGCGAUAAAAGCUUUAAAAAGGCACACGGACAAGGGAACCUGCCCAGAAACCCUACAAUAUAGGGCGAGGGCUAAAAUAACAGCGGACGAGGACUUCAAGAGAGAGAUAAAACAAAUCCGCAAGAACGCGGAGCAAGAAACACUCAAUGCGAUUAUACGAUUCCAUCAACGAGAAAUCGGCCGUUUUAAGGCCGAAGCCAAGAAAGGAAAGCGAGCCACACCGGCUAUAGCACUGAACACUAAGAACUGUAGUACGAUCGAACCAGCGCGCGCAGCGCAAGCUGAAAACAAUGUAACGAUCGAAUCAGUAAAACAAAUUGCUGUUAACCUCCAGGCACAAAUCGCCCAGUUCGGCAAUAUGAUGCAACAACUAGGAGCCAUUGAAAAUAAAGAAGUUCAAAAGUACACAUGUGUAUUCUCUGACUCCCACCACAAACAUGGGGCCAAAAAACAAAUUUUAAAAGCCAAACGGCUAGCAACCAAUAAGCGCAAAGAGCGCAGAAAGGUCAGACGCCAGAAACAUUCAACUAUCACUAUAGAGGCGAACAAAAACACAUAAAAACCUCUCAAACAAAGAACUUACAAAUGACCAGAUUAAUUUACUGGCAAAAGGGCUUAAAUUCAUUCCAACACCCGUUGCAAAACAAACACAAAUCAGGCAACAACUCUUGCGUGACUUUGAUCAGUUUGCAAGAAGAAUGCGUCUCAUGUACAUAUUUCGAGGGGAAAACAACGAACCCCAUCCUUACCAUGUCAAAUCUGCAUGGGAACCACCAAUACAACGAUCAGUAGCCCUUGAAAGUUACCUAGAAGAGGUUAAGAGCGACCUUGCAGAAAUAGAAAUAACAAAGCCAAAAAAAUAAUCUGCCUCCGGCCGAACGUGAGGCUCUGAGAGCCCUAAAACGUGACACUGAAAUAAACCUUAAAAAGGCCGAUAAAGGAACAACAACCGUAGUCAUGAACACACAAGACAAAAUUAAAGAAGGCCAAAUUCUACUAGACAACAAAGACAACUACAAGCCUCUUGCAUCACCCGUGGUCACUGAGACAAACCAUAAAGUUAAACAACUUAUUGCAGACCUCCACAACGGGGAUCACAUAGACGACAUGACUAAAAAUGGCUUUGUCAAACACCAAAUCCGCCUCGAAUUCCAGAAUUUUACACCCUCACUAAGAUACACAAGCCGUCCCCGGUCGGCAGACCGAUAGUAUCAGGGUGUGAUGGCCCAACAGAGAAAUUAUCAUCAUUUGUCGACAAACUCCUUCAGCCGAUAGCACAACAACAAAAGUCUUAUCUUAAAGAUACUACCGACUUCGUCAAUUUCAUAGAAAAUACGAAAGUCCCAGUGGACGUCAUGCUUGUUUCAAUGGACGUCACGAGCUUGUAUACAAAUAUACCGCAAGAGGAGGGAAUAGACACGGUAUGCAGAGCAUACGAAAUAUUCUAUAGAAACGAACCUCCUAUCCCUACACAACUACUAAAACGAGCGCUCAGGCUAAUUCUCCAAGAAAAUUCUUUCCAGUUUAAUGGAAAAAACUACCUUCAAACACAUGGUACGGCCAUGGGCACGAAAAUGGCGAUCGCCUUUUCUAAUAUAUUCAUGAACAAGGUAGAGACGGAAAUCCUUAGCCGAAGCCUUUUCAAACCGCUCGUUUGGAAACGUUACAUAGACGACAUCUUCUCGCUCUGGACUACAAACAGAGCCAGAAUAGAACAUUUCAUUGAACAAGCAAACAAUCAUCACCCUACGAUCAAAUUUACGGCUGAAAUUUCCGAUAAGGAAACAACAUUCCUGGACACCUACAUCUACAAAGGGAAAGAUUCGAAAGAGACGCAAUCCUUGAUGUGCGUACUCAUUUCAAACCAACUGAGACAUUUCAGUAUACCUAUUUUGCUUCCUGUCACCCGCAAGGAGUUAAAAAGGCUUCAUUAAAGGGAAGCCCUCCGACUCCUCAGAACAAACUCUUCCGAACUAAUAUUCGAAGAGAAAAUUACAAAUUUCAAAGCGCAUCUGCUACAGAGGGGUUACCCAGAGGAUCUUAUUAACACAACCCUCUCAGAGGUGAACUUCAAAGACAGGAAACUAGCCCUUCAACAGAAACCAAAGACAAACCAACGAAUCUUGCCUUUUGUCACACAAUACCAACCAUCAGUGCCAAACCUAAAGCAAAUUCUCAUGAAAAACUGGCAUUUAAUAGAACAACAACCAUUACUGAGCGAAAUCUACAAAAAACCACCCCUCGUAUCUUAUAAAAGAGGGCGGUCGCUCAAAGACAUACUCGUGAGAGCCAAACUAUAGAAAGGCUAUUUUAAACACGCGCUGGGGAGUCGUGUAGGCCUGUCAACCCCAUUUUACACUGAGCCAAACUAUAGAAAGGCUAUUUUAAACACGCGCUGGGGAGUCGUGUAGGCCUGUCAACCCCAUUUUACACUGAUUGUUAUUACUAGACAGGCCCCGUCCUCAGCAGUGAUACAUCACGUACACCGAGUUAAUCACAUUGAGCAAUACACUGUACAAUGCAGAAAUAUCAAUUUUUGCUAACAAAUACACGACCUAUGCCCCAAAAACCGGGCAAUCAAAGAGGAACAACACUACACUAAUGCAGGAAACUCUCUUCUUGCAAAACUAUCACAGUAUCUGCUCAAAAUUUUGCAUUUUAGCCUACACAAGAAACACAACUCAUGCUGGGCUCGCAAGGAUCUUCGAUGUAAACACACAAUUGGCCCAAACAUAAAGAGCCAAUAGAAACACAGGAUUUUCGAUCCUUCGAACGAGUAUAAAAUGGUCAAGAAACACCCUUUUUGUGACUGAUACCGAGAACACAUCUCUAUCAGUCUUUUUAUUCAAUCGGCAACUGACGAGAUCCACAAGAUUAGGAUCGAAACCGCGGUCUUGCCUGACCAUUCACAGAAAAUGUCAGAAAACAUUAUAACGUCAGAUGGGCUACUAAGUGCCCCUGGCACAAGCAAUGCCUUUGAGAAUGAGGAUAAGAUGGAAGUCUCAUACGACAUCGCUAACGAGGAUGAUCUGCUGCUCGGCAAGUCCGAUGACGAAGAACAAAUCCCUCCGUAUCAAGUGCCUAGAAAACCUAAACAGCCUAAACAGCAACGCCAAAGCCGCGACAGGCGCCCUCAAAGGAGUACCAGCGAACCAAGGACAGAGCAGUACCGAAAACGUCGCCGUCAGUACAGCCCAUCCACAGAGAACCGAAAACGGAGCCGUAGCCUAUCCGCGGAGGACAAGAUUACCCAAGCUGAAGGUGCGAUAAAAGCUUUAAAAGGCACACGGACAAGGAACCUGCCCAGAAACCCUACAAUAUAGGGCGAGGGCUAAAAUAACAGCGGACGAGGACUUCAAGAGAGAGAUAAAACAAAUCCGCAAGAACGCGGAGCAAGAAACACUCAAUGCGAUUAUACGAUUCCAUCAACGAGAAAUCGGCCGUUUUAAGGCCGAAGCCAAGAAAGGAAAGCGAGCCACACCGGCUAUAGCACUGAACACUAAGAACUGUAGUACGAUCGAACCAGCGCGCGCAGCGCAAGCUGAAAAACAAUGUAACGAUCGAAUCAGUAAAACAAAUUGCUGUUAACCUCCAGGCACAAAGCCCAGUUCGGCAAUAUGAUGCAACAACUAGGAGCCAUUGAAAAUAAAGAAGUUCAAAAGUACACAUGCGUAUUCUCUGACUCCCACCACAAACAUGGGGCCAAAAAACAAAUUUUAAAAGCCAAACGGCUAGCAACCAAUAAGCGCAAAAAGAGCGCAGAAAGGUCAGACGCCAGAAACAUUCAACUAUCACUAUAGAGGCGAACAAAAAACACAUAAAAAACCUCUCAAACAAAAGAACUUACAAAUGACCAGAUUAAUUUACUGGCAAAAGGGCUUAAAUUCAUUCCAACACCCGUUGCAAAACAAACACAAAUCAGGCAACAACUCUUGCGUGACUUUGAUCAGUUUGCAAGAAGAAUGCGUCUCAUGUACAUAUUUCGAGGGAAAACAACGAACCCCAUCCUUACCAUGUCAAAUCUGCAUGGGAACCACCAAUACAACGAUCAGUAGCCCUUGAAAGUUACCUAGAAGAGGUUAAGAGCGACCUUGCAGAAAUAGAAAUAACAAAGCCAAAAAAUAAUCUGCCUCCGGCCGAACGUGAGGCUCUGAGAGCCCUAAAACGUGACACUGAAAUAAACCUUAAAAAGGCCGAUAAAGGAACAACAACCGUAGUCAUGAACACACAAGACAAAAUUAAAGAAGGCCAAAUUCUACUAGACAACAAAAGACAACUACAGGCCUCUUGCAUCACCCAUGGUCACUGAGACAAACCAUAAAGUUAAACAACUUAUUACAGACCUCCACAACGGGGAUCACAUAGACGACAUGACUAAAAAAUGGCUUUGUCAAACACCAAAUCCGCCUCGAAUUCCAGAAUUUUACACCCUCACUAAGAUACACAAGCCGUCCCCGGUCGGCAGACCGAUAGUAUCAGGGUGUGAUGGCCCAACAGAGAAAUUAUCAUCAUUUGUCGACAAACUCCUUCAGCCGAUAGCACAACAACAAAAGUCUUAUCUUAAAGAUACUACCGACUUCGUCAAUUUCAUAGAAAAUACGAAAGUCCCAGUGGACGUCAUGCUUGUUUCAAUGGACGUUACGAGCUUGUAUACAAAUAUACCGCAAGAGGAGGGAAUAGACACGGUAUGCAGAGCAUACGAAAUAUUCUAUAGAAACGAACCUCCUAUCCCUACACAACUACUAAAACGAGCGCUCAGGCUAAUUCUCCAAGAAAAUUCUUUCCAGUUUAAUGGAAAAAACUACCUUCAAACACAUGGUACGGCCAUGGGCACGAAAAUGGCGGUCGCCUUUUCUAAUAUAUUCAUGAACAAGGUAGAGACGGAAAUCCUUAGCCGAAGCCUUUUCAAACCGCUCGUUUGGAAACGUUACAUAGACGACAUCUUCUCGCUCUGGACUACAAACAGAGCCAGAAUAGAACAUUUCAUUGAACAAGCAAACAAUCAUCACCCUACGAUCAAAUUUACGGCUGAAAUUUCCGAUAAGGAAACAACAUUCCUGGACACCUACAUCUACAAAGGGGAAAGAUUCGAAAGAGACGCAAUCCUUGAUGUGCGUACUCAUUUCAAACCAACUGAGACAUUUCAGUAUACCUAUUUUGCUUCCUGUCACCCGCAAGGAGUUAAAAAAGGCUUCAUUAAAGGGGAAGCCCUCCGACUCCUCAGAACAAACUCUUCCGAACUAAUAUUCGAAGAGAAAAUUACAAAUUUCAAAGCGCAUCUGCUACAGAGGGGUUACCCAGAGGAUCUUAUUAACACAACCCUCUCAGAGGUGAACUUCAAAGACAGGAAACUAGCCCUUCAACAGAAACCAAAGACAAACCAACGAAUCUUGCCUUUUGUCACACAAUACCAACCAUCAGUGCCAAACCUAAAGCAAAUUCUCAUGAAAAACUGGCAUUUAAUAGAACAACAACCAUUACUGAGCGAAAUCUACAAAAAACCGCCCCUCGUAUCU